AUGCUAAAGAAAGAAGGAACAAUCUCAUUGUUCUCCAUUUUUCUCUCUCAUUUUUCUUUUUUUCUUUUCACAUACUUCCCUUUCUGUUUCUCUCAGUUUUUUGUAUUUUUCUUUCAGUUCCUUUCUUGCCUGUUGUUUUGUUUUUUUCUUUUUUUAUAUUCUUUACAUCAUUUCUUUUUGUCAUCUUUCACAAACCCAUUUUCUUUCUUCUUCACACUUAACCUAAAACUUUCUACCUUCUCUGUAUUGUUCCUCUCAAUUUUCUCUCUCUCAUCUCUUACCUUUUCUCUUCAUUCCUCUUACUCAUUUAUCCUUUCUCUCUAUUUUACACCUUACUUUAUACACUUUUUCAAACUCUUUUUCUUUCAUUUCUUUUUUCAUUCUUUUUUUAAAAAUCAUUUUCUUUCUCUACACCCAUGCAUCUAUCUCUUACUUUAUAAAACAAAUAUAGAUUAA